AAUGAGGCGAGCGCUUGGACCCGGGAGGAGUAGGGAAGCAGACAACCCAUGACUGCAGCAAUGAGGAGGGAGCGCUCAGCCGAUUCCAUUUAAGUAGCUGCUGCCGGACGGAGUGGUGCGAGUGAGUGUUGCCGGCUAUGGAGCUUGAUCUCUGCGGAACACAGUGAAGCCGGGUCGGGCUCAGAGGAAGGCCUGGGCCGCUGCUGCUGGGUCCUAUGGAGAGGUUCCUGAGCGAGGGUAAAGGACGGGGACUGCAGGCUCGCAAAGAGUUUGCGAUCGGAGAGCUACUCUUCACAUGCCCAGCCUACACUCAUGUCCUGACUGUCAACGAACGGGGCAAUCACUGCGAACUCUGCUUCGCUCGAAAAGAAGGUUUGGCAAAGUGCGGUCGUUGUAAACUGGCAUUCUAUUGUGAUGUAACCUGCCAGAAAGCCGACUGGCCAAUGCACAAACUGGAAUGUUCUUCUAUGAGCAAAUUCGGACAGAACUGGAACCCUUCAGAGACGGUCAGGCUGGUGGCAAGAAUUCUGGUCAAACAGAAAAUGCACCCAGAGAAAACUCCUUCAGAGGAGUUACUAGCUGUUGGUGAAUUUGAGUCACACCUUGAUAAAUUGGAUAAUGAGAAAAGAGAGCUAAUUGAGAGUGACAUUGCUGCCCUUCAUCAUUUCUACAGCAAGCACCUUGACUUUCCCGACCAGGCUGCCUUGAUUGAACUCUUUGCUAAGGUUAACUGUAAUGGUUUCACAAUUGAAGAUGAAGAGCUUUCUCACUUGGGUUCUGCUAUCUUUCCAAGUGUUGCCUUGAUGAAUCAUAGUUGCUGUCCAAAUGUGAUUGUAACCUACAAGGGUACAACAGCAGAAGUCCGAGCGGUGAAGGAGAUCAGUGCUGGGGAAGAGAUUUUCACUAGUUAUAUUGAUCUUCUAUAUCCAACUGAAGAUCGGCAAGAUCGAUUGCAGGAUUCCUAUUUCUUCAUUUGUGACUGCACAGAAUGUGCGACAAAAGCAAAGGAUAAAGAAAAGUUGGAGAUUACAAAAUAUGGUGAGCCGCCAAAGCCAGAGGUCAUCAAGGACAUGAUUAAAUAUGCUCGGAAUAUAAUUGAGGAAUUCAGGAGAGCAAAGCAUUACAAAACCCCUAGUGAACUGCUGGAGAUCUGCGAGUUAAGUCUGGAUAAGAUGGGCUCCGCCUUUGAGGAUAACAAUGUCUACAUGCUGCAUAUGAUGUACCAGGCCAUGGGAGUCUGCAUGUAUAUGCAAGACUGGGAGGGAGCCUUACGAUAUGGUCAAAAACUAAUCAAACCUUACAGCAGCAAACACUAUCCAGCAUAUUCUCUGAAUGUUGCUUCAAUGUGGCUGAAACUAGGACGGUUAUAUAUGGGCCUGGAACACCACUCUGCUGGAGCUAAGGCACUGAGGAAGGCAUUGACCAUUAUGGAAGUGGCACAUGGCAAAGAUCAUCCAUAUGUUCUCGAAAUUCAGAAAGAGCUGGAGGGAAAAUGAAUUGUUUUCCUUUUGUUGCUUCAAUUCAUUUAAAUCACAAUGUGAGACUGUCUGCUUGUAUGCUGGUACCUGUCAACAAACUAAUCUCUAAAAAGAUUGGUUGGCAUGGAUAUGAAAUCUGGAAAAUAAUAGCAUAAAUAUCAAAGGAAUGCAAUUUUUAUUUUUCUUUUUAAUAUUUAAAUGCAUAUUACAAUAAAUGUUAUAAAGCUUUGAA